AUGAUCGCCGAGAAGAACUACGAUUUAGAUCUGGCAUACCAAGAAUUAAUGGACCAUCCCCCUCAAAACCCGAUCACUCGGUAUAGUCCGGAAGAUCGGAAGCGUCUCGAAGAGAACACGGAUAAAAUGCCGUUAGUCCAUGUAGGUUGUGUGGCGAAGGAUGAACCAAAGCACAAUUACUUCCCGUAUGUGCGAUCUACCGACGUCGUUGACCUGUUCUACCAUAUGGACGCUAGUUUCAAGGACGAUAUCUGCACGAUCUGUUCUUCUCCGGGCGAUCUGAUGUUUUGCUCUCGAUGUCCGCGCGGUUUUCAUGUGUCAUGUCUGCGAUCGGCUGAUGUGAAGGAUUUUAUUUGUCCUUUCUGCCUGGUGGAGGCAGAAGCGCUCUCUCCAAAUGAUAUUGAUCGGAUCGUCGCAAAGUAUCGGAGUUUGAACAAGAAGGAUGUGAAGAAGGUCAACGAGAAAUAA